AUUCGGAAGGAAUGGCAGACGGCUUUAGCGGCGUGUUGAGGAUUACGGAUUUAAAUGACUUUAUCGGGCCUUCUCAGGAGUGUAUCAAGCCGGUGACGGUGGAGAAACGAACCGGAAGACUCGGGUCUAUAAGAAUCGGCGACGAUGGCUCCUAUCUUCAAGUCGACGAGUCUGGCCAGGCAUCUAAGCUGCAAAAGGCGCAGAUAACGCUCACGGACUGCCUGGCGUGCAGUGGUUGCGUGACAUCGGCGGAAACUGUGCUCAUCACCCAACAGAGCUCCGAGCAGCUUUACGCCGUGCUCAAGGAAAACGCAGAACUGCCUGAAGAAAAACGCAAGCUCAUCGUCGUCACCGUAGCCCCCCAGGUGGCGGCCUCAUUUGCUGGGAAGUACGGCGUCGACUACGAGAGCGCUUCGGCGAAGUUGACGGGAUUUUUCAAGGCGUUAGGGGCGCACUACGUCUUGGACUCAACGUUUGGCCGCGAGUUUGCGCUCGUUGAGGUGCUUCGGGAUUUCAUCGAGCGGUGGGCGCGAAAGGACGGUGACCGAACUGCCUUGCCUCUCUUGGCGUCGUCGUGUCCAGGAUUCGUUUGCUACGCUGAGAAGACUCACGGUGAUGUACUGCUGCCACACAUCAGCCGAACCCGUUCACCACAGCAGAUCAUGGGCUCUCUGGUCAAGAAGUUUCUGGCUGGCAGGCUGGGAAAAAAGCCUGACCAGAUUUACCACGUCAGCGUGAUGCCCUGCUAUGACAAGAAACUGGAAGCAUCGCGGGCAGACUUCUACGACGAGAUAUACAGCACCAGAGAUGUUGACUGCGUCAUCACAUCUGUUGAAGUUGAGUCCAUGGUGGCAAAAGAAAACAAGUCCUUUGGGGAAUUGCCCCUGGCUGCAUCGGAUUCACUGUUCCACUGCGAGGUUGAUGGCCGUCCGUACAGGCACUCAGGGUCUGGAUCCGGCGGCUACAGCGAGUACGUCUUUGUGGAGGCGGCAAGACUACUUUUUCAUCACAGGCCAGAAGAGGUAGUCUUCAAGGCACUCAGGAACCAGGACUUUCGUGAAGUGACACUAGAGCUAGACGGGGAGACUGUGCUGCGCUUUGCCAUCGCCAACGGCUUCCGCAACAUCCAGAACGUGGUGCAGAAGAUGAAGCGGGCGAAGUGUCCGUACCACUUCAUCGAGAUCAUGGCCUGUCCUGCCGGUUGCCUCAACGGCGGAGCGCAGUUGCGACCGGAUGACGGUGACUCGAGGGCAUUGUUGAAACGUGUCGAAGACGCAUACAACGCAGUCGAGUGUCAGCCGCCGGGGGUCAACAAGGCUGUGCUAGACGUGUACCAUGACUGGCUGGGCCUCGAGAACCCACUAGACGGAAGUGGCGGCGGUGGUGAUGCAACGCUGUUGAGAACUACUUACCACGCCCUGGAAAAAACGACAAAUGCGCUCAACAUCCGUUGGUGACGUCAUCGCUCUUACGUGCGUUGUCGCAUGCAUGAACGAGAGUGUUGUGUACAGACAUAUUUGCAAGACACGUUAGCAGGUGAACCACAUUUCUAAGGCAGAACCUACUCGUUGGAAUACGACAGUGCUUUCAGUUGCUGCCUGCUAUUCUCUACUCGAAUCACAGCGGUACGAUCCUACGCUCUUGAUCGAGGCCAGAGGAAGCGUGAACGAGCCAGAUGUGAAGCUCCUAGCCAAUUGGAGGCUGAAACGGAGAACAUGUCGGGGUACGUCUGUCGCAGAAAAAGGAAGAAAACGAAACGAAAAUGCUCUAAGGCAUUGCCAUUGAAAUAGUGUUACAGCAGAUGCAGCUUCUGCGGAAGCUAUCGCAGCCAUGUUCCUGGAAUUCUACUCAUGCUGACAUUACUGUUCUGCUCCCAGGCUGCGGGUACGAGUGCCUCCAAGAAUAGGCAUGAGCAGAGUUCCCCCUUAGGGGAGGCAGAGAUAGGUAGCGAAGUUUGCGACCUUGUAAUUCAUAAACGGAGCAAUCCGAA